AUGUCGGCUACUACGAUUCUCCUUAUGUCGUUCCUGUUCGCGAACCCGCUAGACGAUAUCGUCGACAAAGCGACGUCGGAAAACCUUCCAAUAGGCACGGAAGAUCUGGUAUUGAACCUCGACAUCGCCGAUAAAAUCAAAGCGAAGGAAGUCACGCCAAAACAAGCCGCACAAUCUCUCAAGCGGCGAAUCAACCAUAAGAACCCCAACGUCCAACUUCUCGCCUUGAAACUUACCGAUACUUGUGUGAAGAACUCGGGACAUCACUUUGUGCAGGAGGUCGCCUCAAGAGAGUUCAUCGACAAUCUCGUCUCCAUCGCGCGCGCCCCAUCAGGAACGAAUUCGGACGUUCGUCAGAAGAUUCUGGCUUCUAUUCAGUCGUGGGGUCUUGCAUUCAAGUCAAAAUCGGAGCUUCGUUACGUGAGUGAAGUGUACGACUCCCUGAAACGAGACGGUAUCACAUUCCCGCCCAUUGAGAAGUCCGAGUCCUCCGCUAUGAUGAUCGAGACCACCACUGCUCCCGAGUGGACUGAUAGUGAUGUUUGCAUGAGAUGCAGGUCGCAGUUUACCACGUUCAACCGCAAGCAUCACUGCCGAAACUGCGGACAGACAUUCUGUGGCCAGUGUUCUUCGAAAACCAUGGCCUUGCCCCGUCUUGGCAUAGUGCAAGAGGUCCGUGUCUGUGAUACCUGCCAUAGCAAAUUGACUUCAAAGUCGCCUCCUGGAACGCCGUUGCAAAGCCGGAAGCCUGAGCCUCGCAGUGCUGGUGGAUAUGCGUCCAACGAUCUGGCGAGGAAGGAGGAAGAGGACUUGCAAAAGGCUUUGGAACUCUCCCUGAAAGCGUCAAAGCCUGCCAAUCACGUAAAACCCCCAGUUCAACGGUCCAUCUCAAAGCCCAAACCGCGCGAAGAGGAAGACGACGAGGAUCUCAAAGCGGCGAUUGCUGCGUCCCUUCAGGAUGCUCAAGGUUCCGCAUCGACUGACUAUUCUGGCGGUUCUCGACCGGAGUACGAGUAUAAAAGUCCAGGCGGCGCUGCCAACGCAACGAGUGCGGCACCAAAUCACUAUCCCUCAUCCCAAGCGCAGGAUUACGGUUCGCAGGGACCGAAUGCAGGACGUCAACCUGCCCCAUUGUCGGCUUCCUCUUACAACCCGAACGAAUUGAGCUCUGUCGAGCUAGAGAACAUUCGCCUGUUUUCGGAACUCGUUGAGCGAACUGAAGCCGAUGUCGGAGUCCAUGGCCUCGGGGUGUUGAACAAUUCGCAAAUCCAGACUCUAUACGCCCAAAUAGCUACCAUGCAACCCAAACUUGCACGCAGUCUUGAUGAAACGUCGAGAAAGUACGCUGAGUUUUACGACCUGCAUGAGCAGCUUAGUGGGGCCGUCCGGGAGUAUGAUCGACUGUUGUCGGAACGAUUGAACGCCGCCGGUUACCUGACCAAGCCCUACGCUGGCGGCGCCACUCAGCCACCACCGGGCUCUCACUACCUGCCACAGCAGCAGCCGCACGUCUAUCACGCUCCGGCAGGAUAUAGCACGCCGCCUGCAUCUACUGCACAGGCAGCGGGUUACUAUGUAGGGAACGCACCUGGCGAAGCCCCGCAUUUGUACGCCCCUCAACAACCCCCGCAGGCGGCCUACGAUUACCAGCAGCCACCCCCGCAGGCUUCACCCGAACACCAGCCAUAUGCCGGUUACCAGGACCCAGCUGCAGCACAGCAGCAGUAUUAUGGCGCGCUAGCGGGCGUUGCUCCUGCUCCUCAAGAACAGCAACAACCGCCAUAUCAGGGCGGUCCUGGCCCAGAGAAUGCACACCAUCCCCCUGCGAGUCAAGACCAGCAAGGAUAUGCACUGGCACCCGGCCAGCCUCCAAACCAGCAAUACGUCCCACAACAACAGCCACCGCAACCGUACCAAGUCCCACUCCAGCCGUACGUCCAACAGCAACCGUUAGCGCAACAAUCGCCUCCGCAAAACACUGGGUAUGCUCCCGGAUAUGUGCAACAGCAGGCCGUACCUGUGUCGCAGCCGGAACCCCCGGCACCGCAACCAGAGGCUCCUCUCAUUGAGCUUUGA